AUGGCUCCCAUUAAACGAAAGGCUCAGACCGAGGAGCGCGAUGUGAAGCGCUCCAAGGCCGACAGCUCGGCUCCGGCCAAANAGAGACAACCUCCGGAGACCAAGGAACAGGGCGACAGAAACCCCGUCAAGGCCUCGAUUCUGUCACAAGAAGAGCGCGCUUUCCCUCGUGGUGGUGCCAGUGUCUUGACCCCUCUGGAACACAAGCAGAUCAAGAUCCAGGCCGAACGCGACGUCCUUUUCGAGCAAUCUGGAGCAAAGAAGCAAAAAUCAGACGCCUUCUCCGACGACGACGAUGAAGAUGCAGCUGCUGGCGCCGAGUCUGGUGCUGCACCCAAGAAGAAGAGAAAGACAAAGGCCGAUAAGAGAGCUGCUAAAGCCGCCGAAGACGACAAGCCCACAAUCAAGAUCCACGGCCUGAGUUACAAGAACAUCACUGUUGGAACCCUGGUACUGGGUCAGGUCACCGAAAUCACAUCGCGCGAUGUUGCUCUUGCGCUGCCCAACAACCUCACAGGAUUCAUCCCAUUGACGGCAAUCUCGGAAAAGGUCAACCAGAAGAUCGAGGCUCUGCUGGCUCAGGCCGACGAGGAUGUCAAGGAAGAGAGCGAAGACGAAGACGACGACGAUCUCGACCUCAAGUCGCUUUUCCACGUUGGCCAAUGGCUCCGAGCAAUUGUUACCUCGACUGCCGACGAAUCCGCCGUCAAUGGCCUGCGUAAAUCANAAAAGAGAAUCGAACUCUCUGUCGACCCGAAACAAGUCAACGUUGGUCUCGACACCUCAAAUCUUCCCACUCAUGGGACUCUCCAAGCCUCAGUCCGCAGUGUAGAGGACCACGGUCUGGUCAUGGAUCUGGGUCUGGAUGAUGACUCUGUCAGAGGUUUCGUGUCCAAGAAAGAGCUAGGAAAGGUUUUCGACAUUUCAAAGAUUCACGAGGGUCAGGUCAUGCUUUGCGUUGUUACAGGCAAGGCUUCGGACAACAAGGUCAUCAAGUUGGCCCCUGAUUNNUUUACAAAGAUGGGCGACAUUAACAAGCACUGCCUAUCAGACGCUCCCACGAUUGAUGCUUUCCUGCCUGGUACCGCUGUCGAGGUCCUUAUCACUGAAUCAAGCCGUGGAGGCAUUGCCACAAAGGUCAUGGGUAUGCUCGACGCAACAGCAGAUGUCAUUCACUCAGGCGCUGGUGCUCGCGUAGACGAUGUUUCGAAGAAGUACAAGAUCGGCUCCAAGGUCAAAGCUCGUGUCAUCUGCACUUUCCACACAACCGAGACCAAGAAAAUCGGUAUCUCCUUCCUCGAUCACGUCAAGACUUUCAAGGCGUUCGCCCUCGGUAGCGAGAAGAAGGCCGACAAGAUCGGCCCUUCAUCAAUAGUUGAGGAUGCCCAGGUUGUGCAUGUCGAGCCCGCAAUGGGUCUUUUCCUCAAGCUCACCGGCUCUUCAAACCCUGGUUUCGCUCACAUCUCUAGAAUUUCUGAGAAGAAGAUCGACACACUUUCUGAGACCAUUGGCCAAUACAAGCUCGAAUCGACUCACCGCGCCAGAGUUCUUGGUUUCAACCCCGUUGAUGCUGUCUAUAACGUUUCCCUUGAGCAGAAGAUUCUGGAUCAGCCUUUCUUGCGCAUCGAAGAUGUCGAGGUUGGCCAAGUCGUCAAGGCUACAGUCAUGAAGAUCAUUCUUGGAGCUAAGGGUGUCACUGGUGUCCUCGUUCAACUUGCCGACGGCAUUGAUGGUCUUGUCCCUGAGUCCCACAUGGCCGACGUUAAGCUGCAACAUCCCGAGAAGAAGUUCAGAGAAGGUUUCCCUGUCACCGCUCGUGUCCUUACCGUCGAUCCCGAGAAGAACCAGAUUCGUUUGACCCUCAAGAAGACUCUUGUCAACGCCGAUGCAAAGAUUUGGAAGUCAUACGAGGACAUCAACGUUGGAGACGAAGCACCUGGUACCAUUAUUAACAUCAAGCCCAAUGGUGCUGUGGUUCAAUUCUACGGAAAGGUUAGAGCAUGGCUCCCAGUCGCUGAGAUGAGCGAGGCAUACAUCUCGGAUCCUUCACAACACUUCAGACAAGGUCAAACUGUUAUGGUACACGCUAUUUCUGUUGAUGCAGAGAACAACGAGCUCAAGGUUUCCUGCAAGGACGCUUCCGCUUUCGGCAAGGNNGAUGAGGAGUCCGCCUGGAACGACUUGAAGGAGGGCACACUGAUCAACGCAUCUGUUACUGAAGUCACUGGGGAGAGCGUCAUGCUCGACUUGGAAGGCUCAAAUCUGAAGGGUACCCUCCGCCUGACUCAUCUUACCGACGGAUCUGAGGCAAAGAACAAGUCCACCUUGAAGCAGAUUAGAGUUGGCCAGAAGCUGAAUGAGCUUGUCGUCUUGGAGAAGCUGGACAGAAGACAUUUGGUCAUCUUGAGUAACAAGCCUAGCUUGGUCAAGGCCGCAAAUGCCAAGACUCUGGUUAGUGAUUUCAAGAGUCUCUCGCAAGGUCAGGAGCUUAGUGGUUUCGUACGUAACAUCACACCUGACGGUGUGUUCGUCGAGUUUGCCGCUGGCCUUGUCGGUUUCAUGCCCAAGACUCAGAUCACACAAGAGAAGCUUGCUUUGCCUGCAUUCGGUCUGCGCAAGGAUCAGUCAAUCUCGGCUAGAGUCCUGUCUGUCAACAACGACUCUAAGCGCUUUGUCCUUACCAUCCUCCCCGCCGAGAAGAAGGAGGAGAAGCCCCAAGCCGCUGUACCUACCACCGUUACCAACCCUGUAGAUGGAGUGUCUGCUUCGCUCACCGAUUUCACACUUGGAAAGGAGACUCAGGCACGCAUUGUUUCCAUCAAAGAUACUCAGCUCAACGUCCUCUUGGCCGACAACAUUCAAGGUCGUAUCGACGUUUCCGAGGUCUUUAACAGCUGGGAAGAUAUCAAGGACAGAAAGAAGCCUCUGCAGAAGUUCAAGGCCAAGCAAGUUCUUCCCGUCAAGGUUCUUGGUAUCCACGAUGCCCGCAACCACCGCUUCCUGCCCAUCACUCACCGCCACUCCCGUGUUCCCGUUCUCGAGCUUACUGCUAAGACCAACACUACUCUGAAGUCCGAGUCUGACAUCUUGACUCUUGAUCAGGUUAAGGUCGACUCUACCUGGAUUGCCUACGUCAACAACAUUGGUGACAAGUGCUUGUGGGCCAACUUGUCUCCCAAUGUCCGUGGUCGUAUUGAUCUGCUCGAUGUCUCCGAUGAUGUCUCACUCCUCCAAGACAUCCCCAAGAACUUCCCUGUUGGUUCUGCCAUCCGUGUGAAGGUCAAGAGCGUUGACGCUGCUGCCAACCGUCUGGAUCUCGUUGCUGCCUCUGCUGCUUCAUCAGCUCCCGUCACACUCAAGACCCUUGCUGAUGGACAGAUCCUUGCCGGAAAGGUCACCAAGGUCAGCGAGCGUAAUGUAAUUGUUCAGUUGAGCGACUCUGUUUCUGGCAUUGUUACUUUGACCGAAUUGUCCGAUGACUUUACCGAGGCCAACCCUACCACACACAGCAGAGGCGACAUCGUCCGUGUCUGCGUUUCCGCCGUCGACCUCCCCAACAAGCGUGUCUAUCUCAGCAUGCGUCCUUCUAAGGUCCUCAGCUCGGCACUGCCCGUUGAGGACCGUCAGAUCACCUCUAUUCCUCAGUUGGCUGUCAACGAUAUCGUUCGCGGUUUCGUCAAGGCUGUCACCGAGAAGGGUGUCAUUGUUAACCUUGGCCCUCGUGUCGAUGCUUUCGUCCGUAUCUCUGAUCUGUCUGACCAGUUCGUCAAGGACUGGAAGUCAGCAGUCGAGAUCGACCAGCUCGUCAAGGGUAAGAUUUUGCAGGUUGAUGCAAACCUCAACCACGUGCAGAUGAGCUUGAAGCAGUCUCAUGUUGACAAGGACUAUGUUCCUGCCAACUCUUUUGCUGACCUCAAGGUUGGUCAAUUCGUCACUGGUAAGGUGAGAAAGGUUGAGGACUUUGGUGUCUUCAUCGAUGUCGACAACACAAUCCCUCGCGUCAGUGGUUUGUGCCACAAGAGUCAGAUUGCCGACUCUGCCGUCGAAGAUGUCAAGAAGCUUUACGACGCUGGUGAUCUUGUCAAGGCUAAGGUCUUGCACAUCGACACUGAGAAGCGUCGCAUCAGUUUCGGCCUGAAGGCCUCGUACUUCAAGGACCUCGAUGGCGACGAAGAAAUGGAGGACGAAGAUGACGAAUCUGAUGGCGAGGGUGUCGCCCUUGAUGAUGACGUUUCCGAGUCUGAUGACGGUGUUGACAUUGACAUGUCCAACGUCCAAGACAUGGAGAGCGACGAGGAAGCUGCGUCCGACGAAGAGAUGAGUGAGGACGAUGCACCCACUACCCGCAAGUCCAUCCUUGGCGGUCUUACUACCUCCGGUUUCGACUGGAGUGGUGCAUCUGCUCUUGACAACGAUGGCGCUAUCUCGGAUGCCGAAGAAGCAUCUGCACCACUCAAGAAGCGUAAGCGCAAGGCCGCUAUUCAAGUCGACCAGACUGGAGACCUUGACGCCAACGGUCCUCAGUCCGUUGCCGACUUUGAACGUAUGCUCCUCACAUCUCCCUCUGACUCGUCGCUCUGGAUCCAAUACAUGGCCUUCCAGCUCGGUCUGUCCGAAGUCCAAAAGGCCCGCGAUAUUGGUCAACGCGCCCUCCGCACCAUCCACCUUCGCGAGCAAGAUGAGAAGCAAAACGUCUGGGUUGCCCUGCUGAACUUGGAGGUCGCCUAUGGCGAUGCCGACUCAGUAGACGCCACCUUCAAGGAAGCCUGCAAGGUCCAAGACAGCUUCACUAUGCACGAGAAGCUCGCCGCCAUCUACACCUCCUCGGGCGACUUCCGCGCCGCCGAAAAGAUCUUCGACGCCAUGGCAUCCACAAAGUCGUUCCGCCCCAACCCCAACCUCUGGCUCAACUACGCAACCUUCCUGUUCGAGAAACGCGAUGCUGCUUCCCAAGCCCGCGCUCUCCUUCCUCGCGCUUUGCAAUCUGUUGCUUCCCACGACCACCGCAACCUCACUGCCAAAUUCGCAGCCCUCGAGUUCCGCACCUCUACCGGCGAACCCGAGCGCGCACGCACAAUCUUCGAGUCUAUGCUCACGCAAUGGACGAAAUGGACUCAAGGCUGGGAUAUGUGGUGCGACCUCGAACGCAGCCUCGCCAAGCAAACCGGCAAGCAAGAAGACGUGGAACGUGUCCGCGACUUGUUUGAGCGCAUGGCCAAUGGCAAGAUGAAGAAGCGUCGUGCUAGGUUUGUGUUCAAGCGCUGGUUGGAGUUUGAAGAGGAGCAGGGGGAUGCCAAGCAUGUUGAAGCUGUCAAGGCCAGAGCAAAGGCUUUUGUUGAGAAGAUGCAGAACGGAGAGGAUGAGGAGAUGGACGAGUAG